AUGCCACGACCACAAGGUCCAGGCUACGAUACAACAAAUAUUUUCAUACCAGUCCCUCCAAACCCCAACUUCCCCCGUCAGCCAGAAGUAGAUGAAAAGACCGCUUUGGUCAUGAAUAUAGUCGUUCUACAACACCCAAGCCUCAAAGGAGAGAAAUCCCCCGUACUCGCAUGGAUUCACGGCGGAUCUUUGCUCUUCGGUAGUGCAAACUACGGCAUCUACGAUGCCGUGAACCUUGUCUCCCAUAGUGUCGAGAUCGGUAGGCCCGUCGUAGUAGCGAGUUUUAAUUACCGACUGGGCCUGGGUGGAUUCCUUGCUAGCUCGAAGAUUAGCAACGAGCUGAGAGAAGACGGGUUCGAGGGGAACGGAAACUUUGGCUUGACGGAUCAGCAAGUCGCCAUGGACUGGAUUCAGAAAUACAUCGGCCAGAUUGGAGGGGAUCCGAACAACAUGACGGUCUUUGAUGUUCUUGAUCAGCUCAGAAAAGUGCCAGAACAGGAAAUGGCGAAUGCGGACCACAUUAUCCAAGGAGUUCCAUCUGGGACUGGCAAUCCUUGUAAUGAUGGGUGGUUUUAUAAAUUUGACCCACGACUUCAGUCAAAGACCGAGGCACCAAGUUGGUUGAAGUCAUUCAUGAUAGGUGGCGUGUACGACGAGGGCGUGAUUUUCACGACGAAUGUCAUGAAUGACACGUACGAAACUUUUCGGCAGACACUACUGGCAAGCAUACAAGAUGAGGUUUACGUCAACAGAACCCUUCACGAAUUUGACAGCACCCAAAAUAUCCCUGGCCCAGAGCUCGUUGAGAAGGGGUGUACUGUGAGCGGGGAAGCUGUCUUCAAGAUCCCGAACUAUUUAACAGCGAAUGUCAACGAGCGGUUGCGCGGUGAGAAAGCCAUUUUCAAAUACCAUUUUGACCAACGCUCCCGUCUGGAAAAUCUCUUGAACGGGAGGGCAUACCACUUUGACGUGGUGUACUUAUUUGGCAAUCUUGACAACAAGCUUUAUGCCAGGGAACGUGCAAUGGGACAUGACAUAGCCUCUGCUUGGAUCAAAUUUGCCUGGGGCCAAGAGCCGUGGUGA